AUGAUGAAAAAAACUUCACUUCUUUUCUUGUUACUCAUCAUCACAUGUUUGUUGGUUGUUGAAAAUGUUGAAUGCAAACCAAAUUACAGAGAAGCUUUGGCUAAAUCUUUGCUGUUUUUUCAAGGUCAGAGGUCAGGAAAACUCCCUCCUGAUCAACAAAUCAAAUGGAGAUCCAAUUCUGGUCUCUCUGAUGGUCUUCAAGACAAUGUGGAUUUAAGUGGAGGCUACUAUGAUGCAGGAGACAAUGUGAAAUUCAAUUUUCCAAUGGCAUUCACAACAACAAUGCUAUCAUGGAGCACAAUUGAAUAUGGAAAGAGAAUGGGACCUCAAAUGAAAGAAGCAAGAGCCGCAAUUCGCUACGCCACCGACUAUUUCCUCAAAUGUGCAACAGCAACACCCGGAAGACUUUAUGUCGGUGUCGGAGAUCCAAACAUCGAUCACAAAUGUUGGGAAAGACCAGAAGAUAUGGAUACUGCUAGAACUGUUUAUUAUGUAUCUUCGAAGAAUCCCGGUUCAGAUGUUGCUGCUGAAACUGCUGCCGCACUCGCAGCAGCUUCUAUUGUUUUUAGAAAAGUUGAUCCAUCUUAUUCUAAGCUUCUGUUGAGAACUUCACAGAAGGUUUAUCAGUUUGCUUUGCAGUAUCAAGGUUCAUACAGUAAUUCACUCGGUUCCGCUGCUUGUCCGUUUUAUUGCUCAUAUUCUGGAUUCAAGGAUGAACUAUUGUGGGGAGCUGCAUGGCUUUUUAGAGCAACAAAUGCAGUUUACUAUUACAAAUUGGUGAAAUCUUUGGGAGCUGAUGAUCAACCUAAUAUCUUCAGUUGGGAUAACAAAUAUGCUGGUGCACAUGUUCUUCUUUCAAAGAGAGCAUUGCUGAAUCGUGAUAAGAACUUUGACCAAUAUAGACAAGAAGCCGAUAAUUUCAUGUGCAAGAUCUUGCCUAACUCACCCUCUUCAACUACAGAAUAUACACAAGGAGGACUCAUAUUCAAGUUACCUGAGAGCAAUCUUCAAUAUGUGACAGCUAUAACAUUCUUACUUACAACCUAUUCAAAGUAUAUGUCAGCUACAAAGCACACAUUUACCUGCGGCAACGUUUUCGUCACUCCGAAUACCUUAAGAUCCAUAGCAAAAAGACAGGUGGACUACAUAUUAGGUGAAAAUCCUCUAAGAAUGUCCUAUAUGGUAGGGUAUGGUCCAUACUUUCCUAAGAGAAUUCACCAUAGAGGUUCUUCAUUGCCUUCGCUAUCAGUUCAUCCACAAACCAUAGGCUGCGAUGGAGGUUUCAAUCCAUUUUUCCAUUCAAUGAGCCCUAACCCUAACAUAUUGGUUGGAGCCAUAGUUGGAGGUCCGAACCAGAACGACGGGUUUCCGGAUGAUCGUGGUGAUUACAGUCAUUCCGAACCAGCAACAUACAUCAACGGUGCUAUUGUUGGACCUUUAGCAUACUUUUCCGGAAACAAGUAA